CACAGGGAAGGGGCCUCCCCAGUCUCCAAUCCACCUUGGAGGAGGUUUCCCUGCAAUGCUGUCUCUUCCCUCUCACUGGGCCAUGUGCUGGGGUUGCUGGGUAUUUGAAGGUGUCUAUAACAAUUCUCGAAUGCUGCAUUUCCUGACGGCUGUCGUGGGCUCCACGUGUGAUGUGAAGGUGAAAAAUGGCAGCACCUUUGAGGGGAUUUUUAAAACCCUCAGCUCUAAGUUUGAGCUGGCAGUGGAUGCAGUGCACAGGAAGACCCAGGAUCAGCUGGCAGGACCUAAGCGGGAGGACAUUGUGGACACCAUGGUCUUCAAGCCCACGGAUGUCAUGCUGGUGCAUUUCCGCAACGUCGAUUUCAAUUAUGCCACAAAAGACAAGUUUACGGACUCAGCCAUCGCCAUGAAUUCCAAGGUGAAUGGGGAGCACAAAGAGAAGGUGCUGCAGCGCUGGGAAGGGGGUGACAGCAACAGCGACGACUACGACCUAGAGUCUGACAUGUCUAAUGGCUGGGACCCCAAUGAGAUGUUCAAGUUUAAUGAAGAAAACUAUGGAGUGAAGACAACUUAUGACAGCAGUUUGUCAUCCUACACCGUCCCUCUGGAGAAGGAUAACACGGAGGAGUUCCGGCAGCGGGAGGCCCGGGCAGCCCAGCUGGCCCGGGAAAUUGAGUCAAGUCCCCAGUACCGCCUGCGCAUUGCCAUGGAGAAUGAUGAUGGCCGGACGGAAGAGGAGAAGCACAGCUCUGUGCAGAGGCAGGUCUCCAGCAGAGACAGCCCCAGCUUGGCCUCCAGGGAGAGCAAGUAUGUCCCGCUGCCACAGCGCGUCAGAGAGGGCUCGCGAGGAGGUGUCCGGUGCAGCAGCUCCCGGGGCGGGAGACCAGGGGUGGGGUCCCUACCUCCCCGUGGCAGCACGCACCAUCCAGACAGCAACUCUAGCCCUGUCCCGGAGCAGCGAGGGAUCAAUGGAGGGCCCUCUCGAAUGUCUCCAAAGUCCCAGCGUCCCAUCCGGGGUGCCAAGACCAUGCCUUCCCCAUCAAGCCGCCCGGUAGAGGUCUCAGCAGCUCCCCCAGCAGUGGGCCGCAUGUACUCUCCUCGCUCUCCCAAGUCUGCCUCAGCCACUCCGCUGUCUUCCCAAGAAGCUCCAGUGGGAUCGGCUGUCCCAGCAGCGCCUGCGUCCCCCUCAGAGGCCAGAAGUGGUCUGGAAUCAAGUGUUUCCCCAAAUCCCCCUUCUCCCAAAGUAGCAGCCCCUGCACCAGCCACUGCUAUGGAGGGGAAAGAUGUUCCCACAUCUGCGGCUAAAGACCCUGGCAGAACCUUGGAAGUGACGGGGCCCUGUGAGCUCAGCAAGUCAGCCAGCAAAGCAGGGCUGCAGAGUGAGCAGAAGCGGACCCAGCUGGAGGAGCUGCGCAAGUUUGGGGCCCAGUUCAAGCUCCAGCCGAGUGGCUCUCCAGAGGCCAGCCUGGAGUCUUUCAGUGCCAGGCCUAAGGAGCCUCUGGAGGGCAAGGACAAGGCCCUGGAGCCGGGGAUCUGCGAGGGGCCCGAGGAGGCGCCCGCCAUCAGCAUGGUGCCGAAGCCCAGUGGGACCAGCCUGGAGUUGCUGCCGGAGAGUGGCAAAGAGGAGAAGGGGCUUUGUGAGGGGGCUGAGCAGCAGCUGGCCAGUCCCCCGGGGAAGGGCGAGCCCGAGGACAAAGAGGAAGGGCCUGUGUCUGAGCAGGUGAAGAAAUCGACUCUGAAUCCCAAUGCCAAGGAGUUCAACCCCUCAAAACCACUGUUGUCUGUGAACAAAUCGACCAGCACCCCCACCUCACCGGGCCCUCGUGCCCAUUCCACUCCCUCCAUCCCAGUGAUCACGGCUGGACAGACCGGCAUGUACAGCCCCCAGUACAUCUCCUACAUACCUCAGAUCCACAUGAGCCCUGCGGUCCAGGCCCCCCAGAUGUACCCGUAUCCUGUCUCCAGCUCUGUGCCUGGCCAGCAGGGCAAGUACCGAGGGGCCAAAGGUUCCCUCCCGCCCCAGCGCUCCGAUCAGCAUCAGCCAACAUCUGCGCCCCCCAUAAUGCAGGCGGCGGCGGCGGCAGGCCCCCCGCUGGUUGCAGCUACGCCCUACUCCUCCUACAUUUCCUAUAAUCCCCAGCAGUUCACAGGGCAGCCCACCCUGAUGCAGCCCAUGGCUCACUACCCCUCUCAGCCUGUGUUUGCUCCGAUGCUGCAGAGCAACCCCCGCAUGAUGACAUCCGGCAGCCACCCCCAGGCCAUCGUGUCCUCCUCCACACCCCAGUACCAGCCUACAGAGCAGCCCACGCCCCAGACACUCUAUGCUACAGUUCAUCAGUCCUACCCUCACCAUGCGACACAGCUGCACCCCCACCAGCCCCAGCCAGCCACCACUCCGACAGGGAGCCAACAGCAGGCCCAGCACGCUGCCCCUAGCCCUGUGCAGCACCAGGCCGGGCAGCCGCCCCACCUGGCCAGUGCUCAGCAGCAGCAGAACCUGUACCACACAGCCACGCUGACAGCCACGCCGCCCUCCCUCACGCCGGGGCCCAACGCCCAGUCCCCCCAGAACAGCUUCCCACAGCAGGCUGUCUACGCCAUCCACGCCCACCAGCAGCUGCAGCACAGCUACACCAACAUGGCCCACGUCACCCAGGCCCAUGUCCAGACUGGAAUAACAGGAGCACCACCCCCCCACCCUGGGGCGCCUCACCCUCCCCAGGUCAUGCUGCUCCACCCCCCGCAGACCCAUGGGGGGCCCCCCCAAGGCGGCGUGCCACAGAGCGGGGUGCCCACCCUCUCGGCCUCCACACCAUCUCCAUACACCUAUAUAGGACACCAUCAAGUCUCACCCAUCCCAGCAGCUCCCAUUCCACCCCCCUGGAAACUGAAGCCUCGAUUCCUGACUGUGAACUGAACUCCCCCUGCCGGGAUCCGGUUUGCUCCUUGCCCCUCGUGUGCGCACCGGCCUGGCCGCCGGGCCUUGCAGUGGAAUCCCCUUGGGGAGCCACGGCUGGGGGCGGGGCUUUACCCAGCACCUUCUUUUGUUGAGUUGCAGACUGCGCCGUGGCGAGUGCCACCUGCCCCCGGCUCCUGGAGCCGCCAAGGGUUUCUUUUCUAUUAUUUAUAACUCCAAUCGGGCUGUUAAACAGAGUGUUGGGCUCCCUCCCCUAGUAACUUGAGCACAGGAGCAGACCAGACUGAGGAACGUGGACUUUUUAUUACAUAAAAAUAUUUAAAAAGUGAAAAAAAAUAAAAUAAAAUUUUAAACUAACUCCA